AUAGAAAGAAAGAGACAGUGUGUGUGUGUGAGAGUGAGUGUGUGUGAGAGUGUGUGAGCGAGCUCAGCUGUAAUUUUGAGUGCUGUUGAUUUUGAUUGCACUUCAUCACACACCUGUGGAAGUUUAUAGACUUUGCUGAUUUGCAGUGUCUGGUGUGUUCUCAUGGAAGGAGCCGAGGAGAUUUAUUUUAAGUUUUUGAAUAGUUUCCACUAAUUAUCCAGUUUGCUUUUUUUUUUUUUUAAACUCAUUGCAAGGACCAGUUUCUCUGGAAUCUUUUUAUUUAUUUAUUUUUGGGUUUUAGUAUAUCUUCAUCAUGGGGGAUAUAGUUUCUACACACCUGGACGAGGGAAGGAGACGGAUAAUUACAGCUCAUACCAGAAAGGUGAUGACAGAGUUCGGGAGGGUUUACAGACAGCAGUAUGCAGUGGCUCUUUUUAACAGCGUACGGUUCGAGAUCGAGGGAGGAGGAAACACACAGACGCAGCUCUUACACCGCAAGGAUCCACUUCAGGACAAAUCCAUCUUCUCUGGAGAUCUGUUUCAGUAUUUGGAUGAGAAUAAGAAAUGGAGGAACCGCUUCAUAUACGUGGCCAACUCUUACAAUAUCGGCUUCUACGACAGCAGACUGGCUUUUGAAAGGGGUCUGCAUCCCAGAGGAGUCAUUAAUUGUGCUGGAUACAAAGUCCUGACCUCCAUGGAUGAGUACCUGGACCUGCUGAGCAGCUGCCUGCCUGACUUAAAGGCGAAACAAGAAACUUCCCCAUUUCUGAAAUACGCCUCCAGCUUUCUGUUGAUCUUGUGGCACCCCUACGCUCGCCAUCAUUACUUCACUGUGAGGACUGAGAAAGAGCAGACCAAGUGGCUUGCUGUUUUCCAGGACUGCAUCAGACACGCCAACAAUGGUCUGUCAGAGGAGAACAAGGUGCUCACACCAGCGUUCACCAAUUCCCUACGACUGUACAGACAAGCCAAAGGUCACUACGGAACCUGGGACAUGAUGUGUGGGGAUCCAGCACAGAUUCUGGCCAACCUGGUGAUGGAGAUCCUGUAUCCGGAGCUCAGGACACAGAUAGGGCCUCGGCUGAAGGGCAAGCUACAGCAGAGACAAAGGAACUGGAUGCUGAUCUCGGAUGCAGUGUACAGGCAGGUGUUGAAUCAGACACGGACGCAGCACGAGGCGCUGGUACAGGCCUGUGAGGUAGAGCGCCCCCGUCUGGAUGCCACGCUGCGUACAAACAUGGACCAGAUCAUUUCCUCCAAAGAGCAUGUCACUGGAAGGAUGCGUGCCCUGGUGCUUCCACAUGCAGAGCAGGUCCUUAAGAGCAAUGUCCAGCCCUAUAUCCCCUCCAUCUUGGAAGCUCUGAUGGAACCGGUGGGCCAGGGAUUCUCCGAGGUCAGGGAAGUGCUCUUCGGUGAGCUGGUGGAAAUCAGCAAGAACACAGUGAAUGAUGGAAGCAAGGAAACGCUUGGGAAGCAAAUGGAGAAGGUGUCCAUGUUGGCGUUCCACCCAGUGAAGAUGCAUAGCUGCUAUGAGAAGAUGGAGCAGCUGAGUCUGGAGGGCCUGCAGCAGAGAUUUGACGUGUCCAGCCCUUCCGUCUUCGUUCAGAGAGCUCAGAUCCUCAUGCGAGAGCAAAUGGACAAUGGCGUGUACACGUUUGAGCAGCUUCUGUACCAAAACAUGGAGGAACAGUCAGGAGAGGAGAUUAUAAAAACCAUCCAGCGCUGCCAGGACCGAGUACUGAAGAAAUUUGACUACGACAGCAGCACAGUGCGGAAGAAGUUCUUCAGAGAAGGACUGCUGCAGAUCAUCAUCCCGUACAUGCUGAAACAGCUCCAUCCCGUGUGCGCUUCUGAGCUGCCCAAAUACAAAGACUUCAUCUUUGAGGAUUUCUCCCGCUUCAUAUUAGUGGAGAACGUUUUCGAGGAGGUCGUCCUACAGUCAGUCACGAAAGACAUCAUGAUGGCUGUGAAUGAGGCGGCCACUCAGAGAAGGCACAACCUGUACAGAGACAGCAUCGUCCUGACCAACAGUGACCCGAACCUCCACCUGCUGGAGGAGAACCCCAUCGACUGGGCCAGCCACUAUGGACGAGGAGGAGAAGAAGAAGGAGCAGACCGGAUCCGAAGACGCAGGCAGGUUGUAUCCAUGAUUGUUCCAGAAGGCAUGGCACCGAUGCCUUACGGCUCCUGCCUGGAAGUACCCGGCGUGGAAGAAAUCCCAGAGGAGAACGAGAUGCAGUCGGCUGAAGAUCUUCAAGAUGAAGACAUCUUUGACAACGAUCUACGGAAUCAGCCGAUCAUUUCUGUAAUGCCAAAAUCCUUGGAAGAACCAGGCUCUCCAGACAGCGUGCAGCAGAUCAGGCAGCUCAUCAAGCCGGUUCUUGAGGUGGUUCUUCCUUCAGAAAGGGAUGCUGACCCAGUGCUGACCAACGGGAUGCUGCCUCUGGAGGAAGGGGAGGAGAUAGAGGCCAUCACCUCAGAGGAGGAUAUGAUGCCAAAGGACUCUGCUAUCGCCAGGGCCAUCCAGGAGCUGGACAACGCCGUUCAGGAUGAAGAAUGCAACGUAGACUCUGACACGGAACUUCCGCAAGCGUCUGCAGAGUCCAGUCCUCGUCACUAUGACGACAGUGGUUUUCAGUCUCCUACCAACGAGAACACAGAGGAAGUGGACCAUCGGCCAGUCGCCAGAGAUCUGAAGGAUGAACCUGAGCCAGUGGGUCCUGAGCUGGUGAGGGUGAUGUUGAAAGACGAAGAUGAAGAUGAGGAAGUGUCGGAAGAUGACUCGGAAGAAGCCGAAGGGGAACUGACAGAGGAUUUUGAAUCUAACAUUUAAACCAGGAUACUGACCUUCUUUCUUUUUGUUUUUGUUUUUUUUUCCCAAAGACAAAUAACUUGUUAGCAAGUGAAGAUAUUUUGAUUAAAAAAGUACAUAAUAAUUCUUAGAAUAAGAAUAUUCUAAACAAAUCUAAGAGCCUGUUUUUAGCAUUAUUUACUAAUUCCAAGCUUGAAAUUGUCUUUGCAUUGGCAUAUUGCUUCGUUCUAGAAAGAAAUACAAUUUCAAGCUUUAAAAUGAGUAGAAAUAUAUAUUAAAAAUAUAGGCUCCAUUGUCUUACAUCUAAGAAAGAGAAUCUAGUUGAAUUUGCGUACACAAGAUAUUUUAACUUGCUAUCUUUUUUUGGCAAUCACGUUUUUGUAAAUAAUUCAUAUUACUGCCUUGUGAAGCUUAAAUAUUAUUACUUAAUCAUAAAGCAGUCACUAUUUUGUUUGUCACUGAAAUGCCAGAUUUCCCUUUCCAUAUACGCGUGUCUUGAAUCACACUGAAGCCUUAUUUCCAUUGAAAUCCUGGGAUGAAUAUCUGAGCAUCACAAAUCUGCAUAUUAUAAACUUCUAAUACUGCUUUUAUUUUUACUACAUAUUUAUACCCAAGGGAACACAAAUGAGGUCUGUGUAUUUAUUUUAUUUGUUUUUACUUUGUUAUUAAUUCUACGCUGUGUUAAUAUUCAGUUGCAGCCGGAACGACGCCACGUAUCUACAUAGCACUUAUGGCGUGUCGUCUUUCUCUUCUUCUAAUAACUCGUUAGAGGUUUUUGACUCCGAUGCUAAUUUUAUCUCGUGGGCAGACAUGACUCAACUGAUUGUGGCAUUAAAGACCGCUGGGGUAGUGUUCAGCUUGCUUUGUAUCAAGAUCUAUCCGUUUUUCUUGUCUUCUGCUGGAACUGGGGCAGGACAGUGAUAAGACAUCAGCACAGAGCCUUUGUAGAUGGUGCCAGCUUCAGGUAUUUUUGCUGGAAUGAAGCAAGAGAAUGGCUCUUUUUGUUCAAUUUGUGAGUUCAGCUGUUUUUAUCUUUCCAUCCAGUUGAUGAAAUAUUUUCUCUUCUAAUAUCUCUGAUGACAGCCGGUGAAACAUUUUUUCAUCACUUUUUCCCUUUUCUACUCGCCCUGUGCUUCUUAGAUUUCUAAAAAAAAAAAAAAAAAAAAAUGACCUGGUUGUUGUGGUUCCCUGAAGUAUUUUACUGGAGUGAAUCUUUUUCCCUCCACUAUUUAUUAACACUAUGUUUUUAACAUUUUUUUUUUUAUCUUCCUGUAGCCAUGUUCUCCUUGUUCUUAUCUGUUCACUAGGCAUACAUGAAUGAAUAAAUAAAAUCCUUUUAAAACA